AUGCACAAGAGGAAGGGCCCCCCGGGUCGUGGCGCCGCCGCAGCCCGCCAGCUGGGCUUACUGGUUGACCUUUCCCCAGAUGGUCUGAUGAUCCCUGAAGAUGGAGUUAACGAUGAAGAACUAGAGGCUGAGUUCUUGGCCUUAGUAGGGGGCCAGGCCCCAGCCCUGGAGAAGCUCAAAGGCAAAGGGCCCCUGCCCAUGGAGGCCAUUGAGAAAAUGGCCAGCCUGUGCAUGAGGGACCUGGACGAGGAUGAGGAGGAGGAGGGGACUGACGAGGAUGAUGUGGAGGCUGAUGACGACCUGUUGGCGGAACUGAACGAAGUCCUUGGAGAGGAGCAGAAGGCUGUGGACUCUCAGCCUCCUUUGGCCCAGCCAAAGCCCUCAGCUCCUAGCCCAGGAGUGGAGGCCACCUUGCAGGAGAGGCUGGCCCUCUACCAGACCGCCAUUGAAAGUGCUCGUCAAGCUGGAGAUAGUGCCAAGGUGCGCCGCUAUGACCGGGGCCUUAAGACGCUUGAAAACCUGCUGGCCUCUGUCCGGAAGGGCAACACCAUCGAUGAAGGGGACAUCCCUCCGCCUGUGGCUGUGGGCAGAAGCCAGGCAGCCACGCCCAGCCAUACUCCUUCACCCACUCAGCCGGCCCCUACAAGUCCACCAACCCCAGAGCCCAGGGUGACCCUUCAGGCUCCUCCUCCCACUGCUCCAGCCUUGUCCCUGGGCUCCGCUAAGCCCCAGCUGCCCCCAGGUCCCUGCAGCCCUGGUCUCCUGGCCCAGUUGCAGAGCCGGCAGCGUGAGUACAAGCUGGCUGCUCUCCAGGCCAAGCAGCAGGGAGACACCGCCACUGCCGCCCGACACUUCCGAGUGGCCAAGAGCUUUGAUGCUGUCUUGGAGGCCCUGAGCCGGGGGGAGCCCGUGGACCUGUCCCGCCUGCCCCCUCCACCUGACCAGCUGCCCGCAGAUGCGUCAUCAGCACCUUCACCGCUUCCAGCUCCAACCACAGCACCCUCCACACCAGAUGUGCCCCCACCCCCACGGACCCUCCUAGAGGCACUGGAGCAGCGGAUGGAGCGGUACCACGUGGCCGCAGCCCAGGCCAAAGCUAAGGGGGACCAACGGAAGGCUCGCAUGCAUGAGCGCAUCGUCAAGCAAUACCAAGAUGCUAUCCGAGCCCACAAGGCUGGUGGAGCCGUGGAUGUGGCAGAGCUGCCCGUGCCCCCAGGCUUUCCGCCCAUCCAGGGUCUGGAAGCCACCGAGCCCACCCAGCAGAGCCUGGUAGGUGUUCUGGAGACCGCCAUGAAGUUAGCCAGUCAGGAUGAAGGCCCCGAAGAUGAAGAGGAUGAAGAACCUAAGAAGUCCACCAGCCCUGCAGCUCCCACGGCCCAGUCAAAGGCUCCAUCCUCAAGGGCACCUGCGUCAGGAUCCACCCCAGCAGCCAAAGUAGCCCCCAAAGGCACAUCCACCAGAGCUCAGCAGCAGCUGGCCUUCCUGGAGAACCGCAAGAAGCAGCUCCUACAGGCUGCGUUACGAGCCAAGCAGAAGAACGAUGUGGAGGGUGCCAAGAUGCACCUGCGCCAGGCAAAGGGGCUGGAACCCAUGCUGGAGGCCUCACGCAAUGGGCUACCUGUGGACAUCGCGAAGGUGCCACCUGCCCCGGUCAACAAAGACGACUUCACCCUGGUCCAGCGGCCUGGCCCAGGUAUGUCUCAGGAGGCUGCCCGGCGCUAUGGGGAGCUCACCAAGCUGAUACGGCAGCAGCACGAGAUGUGUCUAAACCACUCUAACCAGUUCACCCACCUGGGCAACAUCGCUGAAACCAGCAAGUUUGAGAAGCUGGCGGAGGACUGUAAACGGAGCAUGGAGACUCUGAAGCAGGCCUUCGCCCGGGGUCUCCCCACUCCUGCUGCGCGCUUCGAGCAGAGGACCUUCAGCGUCAUCAAGAUCUUCCCUGACCUCAGCAGCAACGACAUGGUCCUGUUCAUCGUGAAGGGCAUCAACUUGCCCACGCCCCCAGGGCUCUCUCCUGGGGACCUGGAUGUUUUCGUUCGGUUCGACUUCCCCUAUCCCAAUGUGGAAGAAGCCCAGAAAGACAAGACCAGCGUGGUCAAGAACACAGAUUCUCCAGAGUUCAAAGAGCAGUUCAAACUGUGCAUCAACCGCAGCCACCGUGGUUUUAGAAGGGCCAUCCAGACCAAAGGCAUCAAGUUCGAAGUGGUCCAUAAGGGGGGCCUGUUUAAGAAUGACCGGGUCCUGGGCACAGCCCAGCUGAAGCUGGACAGCCUGGAGACGGCAUGCGAGGUCCGGGAGAUCCUUGAGGUUCUGGAUGGCCGAAGGCCCACCGGGGGGCGGCUGGAGGUGAUGGUCCGGAUUCGGGAGCCACUGACAGCCCAGCAGUUGGAGACGAUGACUGAGAGGUGGCUGGUCAUCGAUCCUGUGCCGGUAGCUAUGCCCUCGCAGGUCACCAUGCCCAAAGGAAAGGCCCCACCUGUGCCUGCCCCUUCGAGGGAACCAGGAAACAGGUCAGCCCGGCCCCUACACAGCCUCAGCGUGCUGGCCUUUGACCAAGAGCGUCUGGAGCGCAAGAUUCUGGCUCUUAGGCAGGCGCGGCGGCCGGUGCCCCCUGAGGUGGCCCAGCAAUACCAGGACAUCAUGCAGCGCAGCCAGUGGCAGAGGGCCCAGCUGGAGCAGGGAGGCAUGGCCAUCCGUCGGGAGUACACAGCUCAGCUGGAGCGACAGCUUCAGUUCUACACAGAGGCUGCUCGGCGCCUGGGCAACGACGGCAGCAGGGAAGCUGCAAAGGAGGCGCUGUACAGGCGGAACCUGGUGGAGAGUGAGUUGCAGCGGCUCCGGAGGUGA